AUGGGAAGAGGGGGUCUUGCGAGACUGUUAGCCACGGAGGUGCUCGGCGGAGACGUAAAUGCCUGCUGUGGCUUGCUGCGUCGAAUAUUCAGCGAGACCGUGGAGGAGGAUGUCGUCCAUGAACUAGAGCGUAGUGGGCAGGGCCUUGUUAGCGAUGUUCUGACCUUGGGGAAACUCAGUUUAGUUGAUAACGCGUCUCUCGUGCGUCCAGGAUCUGUGGCGGUGCUUUGCCACGCUUCGCAGCGUCUAGGUGACUGGCAGAGCGCUCUGCAAUUUUCCGAAUCGCUGCCGAGCCCACCAUCGUCAUCGUUCCUUUCAUCCCUCUUGUCCCCGGGGAACUGUGCCGCGAUUCUCCGUUGUUGCGAAGAAAAGGGCUGGUCGUUGGAUGUGUCACAUGCCACGCAGAUACUUGCUGAGAAGCAUGGAAGCUGGAUCUCUGCCCUCAGGGUGGCAGAGGCGAUGGAGCGGCAAUUUCACAUGGGGGAGUGGUAUUCGUUGGGCGUUUUGAUCCCCCACUUGCUGAAAGUGGGGCGUGGGAAAAGGCCGUGGAGUUGUUGUUGCUGGAAUAGCACAGGGCUCCUUGGUGCACCCGGCGUUUGUGGAGAGUCUUGUGUCUCGAACAGCGCAGCGGAAGCAGUGGCGGAUGUGCCUCUUCAUGCUCUCAGUGAUUGA